CUGGCUGAGAAGGACGCGGGAGAAAGGCAGCCGCGCAGGGCAGUGCUGUUGCCUGGCGCACGGUGUCGAGAGCUUUUGUGCAGGAGCCAGCCCUCCCUCUGGAUCCCCAUGUCAAGAAAAUGGGCCCUGCUCCUGCCCAUGCUGCUCUGCAGCCUGGCUGGCCCUACACACCUAUUCCAGCCGAGCCUGGUGCUGGACAUGGCCAAGGUCCUCCUGGAUAACUACUGCUUCCCAGAGAACCUGAUGGGGAUGCAGGAAGCCAUCGAGCAGGCCAUCAAGAGUCGUGAGAUCCUGGCCAUCUCAGACCCUCAGACGCUGGCCCAUGUGCUGACAGCUGGCGUGCAGAGCUCCCUGAACGACCCUCGCCUGGUCAUCUCCUACGAGCCCAGCACCCUCGAGGCUCCCCGGCAAGCCCCAGCACUCAAGAACCUCACGCUAGAGGAACUCAUUGCGGGACUGCAGAACGGCUUCCGCCAUGAGGUUCUGGAAGGCAAUGUGGGCUACCUGCGGGUGGACGACAUCCCGGGCCAGGAGGUGAUGAGCAAGCUGAGGAGCUUCCUGGCGGCCAACGUCUGGAGGAAGCUCAUGGGCACCUCUGCCUUGGUGCUGGACCUCCGCCACUGCACUGGGGGCCACAUUUCCGGCAUCCCCUAUGUCAUCUCCUACCUGCACCCAGGGAACACAGUCCUGCAUGUGGAUACCAUCUACGAUCGCCCCUCUAAUACGACCACUGAGAUCUGGACCCUCCCCGAAGUCCUAGGAGACAACUACGGUGCCGAUAAGGAUGUGGUGGUCCUCACCAGUGGUCGCACGGGGGGUGUGGCUGAGGACAUCGCUUAUAUCCUCAAACAGAUGCGCAGGGCCAUCGUGGUGGGCGAGCGGACUGUGGGGGGGGCCUUGGACCUCCAGAAGCUGAGGAUAGGCCAGUCUGACUUCUUUCUCACAGUGCCUGUGUCCAGGUCCCUGGGGCCCCUGGGCAAGGGCAGCCAGACUUGGGAGGGCAGCGGGGUGCUGCCUUGUGUGGGGACACCGGCCGAGCAGGCCCUGGAGAAGGCCCUGGCCAUCCUCACGCUGCGCCGCGCCCUGCCGGGGGUCAUCCAGCGCCUGCAGGAGGCCCUGCGGGAAUACUACACGCUGGUGGACCGCGUGCCCGCCCUGCUGCACCACCUGGCCAACAUGGACCUGUCCUCGGUGGUCUCCGAGGAGGAUCUGGUCACUAAGCUCAACACCGGCCUGCAGGCCGUGUCCGAGGACCCCAGGCUCCUGGUGCAGGUGGUCAGGUCCAAAGAAACCUCUUCUGGGCCCGAGGACGAAGCUGAAGACCCCCCGGAGAUGGUCUCCGAAGUGCCCGAGGACGAGGCUGCCCGGCGGGCCCUGGUGGACUCCGUGUUCCAGGUGUCCGUGCUGCCGGGCAACGUGGGCUACCUGCGCUUUGACAGGUUUGCUGACGCCUCAGUGCUGGGAGUGCUGGCCCCGUACAUCUUGCGCCAGGUGUGGGAGCCCCUGCAGGACACGGAGCACCUCAUCAUGGACCUGCGGCAGAACCCUGGGGGGCCGUCCUCCGCCGUGCCCCUGCUGCUGUCCUAUUUCCAGGGACCCGACGCCGGCCCCGUGCGUCUCUUCACCACCUACGACCGGCGCACCAAUGUCACGCAGGAGCACUUCAGCCAGACCGAGCUGCUGGGCCAGCCAUACGGCACCCAGCGUGGGGUGUACCUGCUCACCAGCCACCGUACCGCCACCGCAGCCGAGGAGCUGGCCUUCUUCAUGCAGUCUCUCGGCUGGGCCACGCUGGUGGGCGAGAUCACGGCGGGCAGCCUGCUGCACACGCACACGGUGCCCCUGCUGGAGACGCCCGAGGGCGGCCUGGCGCUCACAGUGCCCGUGCUCACCUUCAUCGACAACCAUGGCGAGUGCUGGCUGGGGGGCGGCGUGGUCCCCGAUGCCAUCGUACUGGCUGAGGAAGCCCUGGACAGAGCCCAGGAGGUGCUGGAGUUCCACCGAAGCCUGGGGGAGCUGGUGGAGGGCACGGGGCACCUGCUGGAGGCCCACUAUGCUCGGCCAGAGGUCGUGGGGCAGACAGGCGCCGUGUUGCAAGCCAAGCUGGCCCAGGGGGCCUACCGCACAGCAGUGGACCUGGAGUCGCUGGCCUCCCAGCUCACGGCAGACCUGCAGGAGAUGUCUGGAGACCACCGUCUGCUGGUGUUCCACAGCCCUGGCGAGAUGGUGGCUGAGGAAGUGCCCCUACCACCUCCCAUCGUCCCCUCCCCAGAGGAGCUCUCCUACCUCAUCGAGGCCCUGUUCAAGACAGAGGUGCUGCCGGGCCGGCUGGGCUACCUGCGUUUCGACGCCAUGGCUGAGCUGGAGACGGUGAAAGCCAUCGGGCCGCAGCUGGUACAGCUGGUGUGGCAGAAGCUGGUAGACACGCCCGCGCUGGUGGUCGACCUGCGCUACAACCCUGGCAGCUACUCCACGGCCGUGCCGCUUCUCUGCUCCUACUUCUUCGAGGCAGAGCCCCGCCAGCACCUCUACUCCGUCUUUGACAGGGCCACGUCGAGGGUCACAGAGGUGUGGACCCUGCCCCAGGUGGCAGGCCAGCGCUACGGCUCCCACAAGGACCUCUACAUCCUGGUGAGCCACACCAGCGGGUCGGCGGCUGAGGCUUUCGCCCACACCAUGCAGGACCUGCAGCGCGCCACCAUCAUCGGGGAGCCCACGGCUGGAGGGGCGCUCUCCGUGGGCAUCUACCAGGUGGGCAGCAGCCCCUUAUAUGCCUCCAUGCCCACGCAGAUGGCCCUGAGCGCCAGCACCGGUGAGGCCUGGGACCUGGCUGGGGUGGAGCCAGACAUCACCGUGCCCAUGAGCGUGGCCCUCUCCACAGCCCAGGACAUAGUGGCCCUGCGUGCCAAGGUGCCCACUGUGCUGCAGACAGCUGGGAAGCUCGUGGCAGAUAACUACGCCUCCCCCGAGCUGGGAGCCAAGAUGGCAUCCAAACUGAGCCGUCUGCAGAGCCGCUAUGCCAGGGUGACCUCAGAAGCUUCCCUGGCCGAGAUGCUGGAGGCUGACCUGCAGGUGCUGUCCGGGGACCCACACCUGAAGACAGCCCAUAUCCCUGAGGAUGCCAAGGACCGCAUUCCUGGGAUUGUACCCAUGCAGAUCCCUUCCCCUGAAGUCUUUGAAGACCUGAUCAAGUUUUCCUUCCACACUAAUGUGCUUGAGGGCAACGUUGGCUACUUGAGGUUUGAUAUGUUUGGGGACUGUGAGCUGCUCACCCAGGUCUCCGAGCUGCUGGUGGAGCAUGUCUGGAAGAAGAUUGUACACACGGACGCCCUGAUUGUCGACAUGAGGUUCAACAUCGGUGGUCCCACCUCCUCCAUCUCCGCCAUAUGCUCCUACUUUUUCGACGAAGGCCCACCUAUUCUGCUGGACAAAAUCUACAACCGGCCCAAUGACUCUGUCAGCGAGCUCUGGACCCACGCACAGCUCGAAGGUGAACGCUACGGCUCCAGGAAGAGUAUGGUCAUUCUGACCAGCAGUUUGACAGCUGGCGCCGCAGAGGAAUUUACCUACAUCUUGAAGAGGCUGGGCCGGGCACUGGUCAUCGGGGAAGUGACCAGUGGGGGCUGCCAGCUGCCGCAAACCUACCACGUGGAUGACACCGACCUGUACAUCACCAUCCCCACUGCCCGCUCGGUGGGGGCUGCAGACGGCAGCUCCUGGGAAGGGGUGGGCGUGGUGCCUGACGUGGCUGUCCCUGCAGAGGCAGCCCUCGCCAGAGCCAAGGAGAUGCUCCAGCACACUCUGCUAAGGGCGGGGCGGAGCCCACGCCUGCAGGGCCGCCGCAAGGGCCACCGCAGUCAGAGCCAGAAAAGGCCGGGACCUCCGGGACACGUCCAAGGGGCACCCAGGCAUGAGGUCCUGACUGAGGCCCCCAAAGGGCAGCAAAGGGGCCUGCUGCCCUCUGGUUAG